AUGUCGCCGAGACCGAUCCUAAAACAAUGUCCACAACGUCAGGAUGCGUUUCUGUUUUCCGUACAUUCGACGUCUCCCCCACCGCGCCGCGUUCACUUUCCGCCAACGCCAACGCUUACUUCCACAUAUGCUGCCCACUCGUCGGCUACGUAUGACCGGUCGCCUGUCUCAGUUGCUCCCAAUCAAUGCGCGCUGCCUGGGCGCCAUGAGCGGGAAUUCGUCUACAGCGAUGAUAGUCAACCAUAUCAAACGGCCGAGAUAAAGGGAGGCUAUUUCCACCCUCGUGCCUAUGAGGCGUGCGCCCCGGAGCCAUCAGGUCACACAUAUUAUAUACCGCGCUCUCCUCUACUUACCCCUGACAUGUCGUCAGCAUCGGAUGAACCUGACAGGUUGGUGACGCCACCGCCUGACACUAUGAUAAGCCGAAUAUCUGUCCGUUUCACGUCUGCGGACUCAAUGAUACCAUUUACACGACAUACACAAGAUGAGAUUGAUACCCCGUUUUCAUUAUUGCAACAUCCUUCGCAGGCGAAGGAAAAGCAGAGGAAGAAGAGAAGCAUGCGUAGAAAGGGGACAGGUCAUUUGAAUGGUGACCAUGCAGCGUUCGCGGUGCCUUCUCUAGACUACGAUAGCUGUUUAGGAGGAUUUUGA